GUCACUCAGUUAGCUCGUGCAAUACCCCGAUAGUAGAUCAAAUGAACGAAUUGGGUGAUCUCGGAUUUCUGUAUGAUUUUACCGGACACACUGGCGGUUGCGGUGCAUGUGAAGAAUAUCUUCCAUCUUCCAGAAAGUCAUACCACGUUAAUUACCUACCAUACAAAUAAGUAUCUUUACUGCUUUCGCUUGAUCAUCCACAAAUCCAAGGGAGCUUUGUUGUUGCUAAUUGUUCUUAAGCGCGGAGUGCCUGUUCCUCUGUAUUUUUUUUGAAAGUUUUUUUUUUUCAAAUAUUCCUUGGAACCCGUCCGUCUAGCUCAUAACUUAUAUCUUGGUGAAGUGUGAAUUAAGGAUUUCGAUGUUCGUAAUCUCCCCGGAAAAAGUUGUGGUUGUGGAGUGAAGACCGGAUAUGAAAAUCGCUAAAAAUGUCGAUGAGUAAAAGUAAAAAUUUCACUUGGUUUUUGUUGGUUAGUCUAGUGUUAUGUUCAGUGGUCCUGUUCGCCGAUGCGGAAGGCGAAAUUCUAUCUCAACUCGGUCAAUGCUGUAGCGCCGGAUCAAAGUGGGCCAUAGAUAAAGGCCACUGUGACAAUUUCGAUUAUGUUAUUAAAAUCCCUGCAGUUUGGCGGGGUCUAUGCAUUUCAUCUUUCACCAUUUGCUGUAGUAAAGAAUUAGGCAACCAGCACUGUAUUGCAGGCCGAGAUGCCGCCAAAGAAGGCAAUAAGUGUGAAGGAAACAAACGAGUCAACUCAACGAUUUACCAGAAUUGCUGUAAUGCUUGCCAAAUAGGUUUGGCAGUCGCAGUUAGUGGAAACAAUUGUUCAUCGCAUGUUUUCUCCUUUUUAUCGCACGAUGAGUCCUAUGAGCUGUGUUGCAACGAGGUCAACGGAGGCACUUUCAUCCUGUCUGACAGUGACGAUAUAUGCGCGAAAUUCCCAAAGCUAUGCUCGCACGUUUGCGAGAACACGGAAGAUUCCUACGUGUGUAAAUGUCCUCCAGGAUACACUCUCAAUGAAAAUCGAGUAACGUGCACGCCCCUAGAUAGCGAGGCAGAUAAAGGCACCGAUGAAGACAAGGCUUCAAUGAAAGAUGAGGAUGAGGAGGAUACCGAUGACGAUGACGAGGACGAUAGUAUCGAAGCGAAUCAAAGCUUAGACGGCUGCAAGUCUGGAUUCGAGAAAAACCCCAAAACCAAUGAGUGCGAGGACAUUGACGAAUGCCUAACGGGAGCGGCCAACUGCAAUGAAAAUCAAUAUUGUCACAACGUGAUCGGAGGAUUUGAGUGUCUGAACGUGAAAUCGACUCGCUGUCAAGAUGGAUUCCGUUUUAAUACGAAAUCCGAAGAAUGCGAAGAUAUCAACGAGUGUGUGGAAGAACUACACGUUUGCACUCCAGAAACGCAAACUUGUUUGAAUAGUCGCGGGGGAUACACGUGCCAGGAUAAGCCAUCAACUAAAUGUAUGACAGGAUUUCUACUAAAUCCUGAAACGAGAAGAUGUGAAGAUAUCGAUGAGUGCCUGGAAACUCCAUGUGAAGAUGGGCUUAUCUGUGAGAAUAAGCCAGGGAGCUAUGAAUGUCAUGAUGAAUCCUUCCUUCCAAAUUUUGAUGGCUUGCCACCGAAGUAUUCCAAGCAUUCAGCGCCUUCAGAACCAGAUAAAUGCCGACCUGGCUAUACUUCAAAACAUGGAAAAUGUUUAGACAUUGAUGAAUGCCUCAUCAACAAAGAUGCCUGCGACAGCAACCAAAAUUGCAAAAAUAUGCUGGGAGGAUAUCGCUGCGAGUGUAAAGUUGGCUACAAAAUGGAUUCAAGAACUAACGCUUGCAUUGAUAUCAACGAGUGUCAAAUAAAUAAUCAUAACUGCUUGCCCACACAGCGAUGUGAUAAUACCAUAGGAUCUUACACUUGCAUCAGGUUGCAGAGUUGUGGAACAGGAUACGUGCUGAAUGCUGAAACCGGGGAAUGCGAUGACGAUGACGAAUGCGAGCUGGGAAGGCAUGACUGUCCAGCUGGAUACAAAUGCCGCAAUACGAAAGGAUCAUUCCGAUGCGAUAGAAUACGACCAACGACCAGUACAACUACCACCACCACUACAACAACAACAACAACGACUACCAGUACUACAACCACCCCUCCGCCCCCGCCACCUGCAAAACAACAACUUUCGCCACCAAUAAGUACCCUCUCCGGAUCAGCAACACUAUCUCCUUUACCGUACGCCCGAUGGGGCACAGGAGACACAAAACCAUAUCCUUCUAAUCCGAAUCACGGAUAUGUACCUCACCAGCAAGCUCCUUACCGGCCUGACUCUCAGGGCAUUAGCAGUAUCAGCUCGGAUUAUCGACAUUACAAUACAUUUGAUUUACCAGAUUGUACCAUUGGCUUCAGAAGAAACCAUCUUGGCGCCUGUGUGGAUAUAGACGAAUGUAAAAUACCUCACAUAUGCGGGUCCCACCAGCGCUGCAUCAAUACCAAUGGAUCCUAUCGUUGCCAAAAUCUAUUGUUGUGUUCAGGAGGCUAUAAAUCCACCCCCGAUGGAUCCCGCUGCGUUGAUAUCGAUGAGUGCGAAACAGGCGAACACAACUGCGGUCCCGACGAGAUAUGCAAGAAUCGCGUGGGUGGCUACAUCUGCUCUUGCCCAACCGGGCACAUGUUGAACCCGCAGAAACGUUGCGAGGAUAUCAAUGAAUGCGAAUAUCAACGUGAUUCAGUUUGUCCGGCCAACUCAUAUUGCGUAAACACUAUCGGAUCUUACAGAUGUGAAUGCAAGCCAGGCUUCCGCAAGCAGCCAGAUGCUGAUAAAUCAUGCCUCGACGUAGAUGAGUGCAAAGAAAUUUCCGGAUUAUGCCAGCAGAAGUGUAUAAAUUUCUGGGGAUCCUACAGAUGUGCUUGUAAUGCAGGAUACGAGUUAAGUCCUGAUAACCGAACAUGCCUGGACAUCAACGAAUGUGAGAUCCACAAAUCCUACAACCUAUGCAUGGGAUACUGUAAUAACAUACCAGGCUCGUACGAAUGUUCGUGCCCGGAAGGAUAUGAGCUAGGUCUAGAUAAGAACUCUUGCCGCGACAUUGACGAGUGCGACAUACCUAGCACUUGUAAUGGUCACAAUGAAAUAUGCACCAAUACGAAAGGCAGUUUUCGAUGUACAGUCAUCCCAUGCCCAUACGGGUACAUGAUCGACCCCAAUCAGAAAAACCGAUGCAAACGGAUAUCAAACUACUGUGAGGGUGACGACUGCUUCCUUAAGCCUUCCCAUUACUCCUACAAUUUCAUCACUCUUGUCUCAAAAAUGAUGGUCCCACCGCAAGGACGCGUCUUGUUCACACUGAAGGGCAGUCAGUUCUAUGACAGCAUCGAUUUCGAUUUCAAAAUAGCAAAACUGCAGGCACCCCCAAAUGUUGAGAAAGCAACAAUGCAACAUUUUUCAACAUCGCGACAGCGGAACUCAAUUGAGUUGAGUCUAAUGCGUAGUCUUGAGGGACCACAAGAUAUCGAGCUGGAACUCGUGACCAGUGUCUUCAUGAACGGACGACCGCAUGGGAAAUCAGUUUCCAAAAUUAUUAUAAUUGUUUCUCAAUACACUUUCUAAAGUUGAUUGUGUUUCAACUAACUUACCUCUAUGAACGGAGGAGCUUCACUUCCGCCAGUUUAUGUUUUUUUUUUCCAUUUUCUGUUUGUUGCAAACAUAGUUUUGCCUCUUUAUAUUCUAAAAUGUAAAAUAGCUUCUAGUUUUGUUAUGUUUAAGCCGAAGGUAUAUGAACGCAAGCCAUGUAAUAAAUGAAAGCAUACUUGUUUGUAU